AUGCUUGAUGAUCUUACAUCAUUGAAUCAAAAUACAAAUUAUAACUAUGUUGAAACAUCUCAUCUGCAAACUGUUCCAGAUGGUAGUUAUAUGACAACAGAUAAUUAUAACAGAGUGGGAGAGGACGAUGGAAGCACUAGCCAGGAAGAUAGAAGUACUAGCCAGGAAGAUAUGAGCACUAGCCAGGAAGAUAGAAGUACUAUCUAUGAAGAUAGAAGCACUAGCCAGGAAGAUAGAGGCACUAGCCAGGAAGAUGGAAGCACUAGCCAGAAAGAUAGAGGCACUAACCAGGAAGAUAGAAGCACUAGCCAGGAAGACCGAGAAAGAAAAAAGAAUACAGAGAAAGACAGCUCAAACCAUACGUCAUCCAAAGACUUUGUGGGAGA